AUGAGCUCUAUUGAUGAGAAGCCUCUUUCAUGGUUCAUCAGACUGAUUCAUGAUACUUGCAUUCAUUUGAAUAAAUCUAUGUUGCUCCUCUGCUUAUUCCACUCUAAUUCUGCAAUGAGCUCUAUUGAUGAGAAGCCUCUUUCAUGGUUCAUCAGACUGAUUCAUGAUACUUGCAUUCAUUUGAAUAAAUCUAUGUUGCUCCUCUGCUUAUUCCACUCUAAUUCUACAAUGAGCUCUAUUGAUGAGAAGCCUCUUUCAUGGUUCAUCAGACUGAUUCAUGAUACUUGCAUUCAUUUGAAUAAAUCUAUGUUGCUCCUCUGCUUAUUCCACUCUAAUUCUACAAUGAGCUCUAUUGAUGAGAAGCCUCUUUCAUGGUUCAUCAGACUGAUUCAUGAUACUUGCAUUCAUUUGAAUAAAUCUAUGUUGCUCCUCUGCUUAUUCCACUCUAAUUCUACAAUGAGCUCUAUUGAUGAGAAGCCUCUUUCAUGGUUCAUCAGACUGAUUCAUGAUACUUGCAUUCAUUUGAAUAAAUCUAUGUUGCUCCUCUGCUUAUUCCACUCUAAUUCUGCAAUGAGCUCUGAUUGA